AUGUUUGUUAAAACUGUGCUGGGAAGCUCUGCUGCGCGGGCAGGCAGGUUGCACUUGGCUGCCCAAUUGAGAUGCUUCUCGCAUCUGCCUUUGACGGUGCCCAUCAAGUUGCCCAACGGUUUGGAGUACGAGCAGCCCACAGGACUGUUCAUCAACAACAAGUUUGUUGCUUCGAAGCAAAAGAAGACCUUCGAAGUCAUCAGUCCCUCGACGGAGGAGGAGAUAUGUCACGUGUACGAGGGAAGAGAAGACGAUGUGGACGAGGCGGUCGAGGCCGCGCAGGCGGCGUUUUCGAACGGGUCGUGGGCCACGAUCGACCCGCUGCAGAGGGGGAUCGCGCUGAAUAAACUGGCAGACUACAUCGAACACGACAAAGAAAUCAUUGCAUCGAUCGAAACGCUCGACAACGGUAAGGCGAUCAACAGUUCGAGGGGGGAUGUUCAAUUGGUGAUAAAUUACCUGAGAGCGGCCGCAGGCUAUGCCGAUAAGUUGGACGGUAGGUUGAUUGACACCGGUACGACGCACUUUACCUACACCAAGAGACAGCCAUUGGGUGUGUGUGGUCAGAUUAUUCCAUGGAAUUUCCCACUGCUGAUGUGGGCGUGGAAGAUCGCACCUGCUUUGGUCACCGGUAACACGGUUGUGUUGAAAACUGCGGAAUCCACUCCGCUCUCUGCAUUGUACGUGUCACAAUUCAUCCCAAAAGCUGGUAUCCCACCUGGUGUUGUCAACAUUGUGUCUGGAUUUGGGAAGAUUGUUGGUGAAGCUAUCUGUACGCAUCCAAAGGUUAAAAAAAUUGCAUUCACUGGUUCCACUGCAACAGGUAAGCAUAUUUACCAAAGUGCCGCAGGUAGCUUAAAGAAGGCUACGUUGGAACUAGGUGGUAAAUCACCAAACAUCGUGUUCGAAGACGCUGAUAUCAAGAAAGCCGUUCAAAAUAUUAUUUUGGGUAUUUACUAUAAUUCUGGUGAGGUUUGUUGUGCAGGUUCAAGAGUUUACGUUCAGGAAUCCAUCUAUGAUAAGUUGAUUGAAGAAUUCAAAGUUGAGUCAGAAGCAGUCAAAGUUGGCGAUCCGUUUGACGAAACUACUUUCCAAGGUGCUCAAACGUCUCAAAUGCAAUUGAGCAAAAUUUUGAGUUAUGUUGAAGUUGGUAAGAAAGAGGGAGCCACUUUGAUCUCUGGUGGUGAAAGACUAGGUACUAAAGGGUAUUUCAUUAGACCAACCAUUUUUGGUGACGUCAGUGAAGAUAUGAGAAUUGUCAAAGAGGAAAUAUUCGGUCCUGUCGUUACUAUCACCAAAUUCAAGACCACCGAAGAAGUUAUCGAGUUAGCUAACGAUUCUGAGUAUGGUUUGGCUGCUGGUAUUCAUACUAGUAACUUCACCACCGCUCUAACCGUUGCCAACAAAGUUAAUGCAGGUACCGUAUGGAUUAACACGUACAAUGAUUUCCAUCACUCUACUCCAUUUGGUGGAUUUAACGCUAGUGGUAUCGGUCGUGAAAUGGGUUCUGAAACCUUAGAAAACUAUACACAAGUCAAAGCUGUGCGUGCAAAAUUGAUUUGA